AUGGCAAGCCGUGGCAGCUCGCACUAUCGUAUAGCUAUCGUUGGAAUAGGCCAUCGCGGGUACAAGACGCAUUUUCUCUCCAUCUAUGGCUCUCCUUCUGAGUCUGUCAUUGCGGUCUGCGAUGCAGAUGAGAAACGACUCUCCGAAUUCUCACGCAAGCAUCCCGAUAUUCCAACCUUCACUACCAUUGAAGAACUUCUAUCAAACCAUACUCCGGAUUUUGCUCUCGUUUGUCUGCCACAUCAUGUGUACGAGCACUGUCUUGGACAAUUGUCAAAGGCAGGGGUCCAUAUCUUGAAGGAAAAGCCUGCUGCCAAUGAUGUCGAAGAGUGGAAGGAUCUAAGCAGGCUGCCUGUCAAGAUUGGUGUCACCUUCCAAAAGAGAUUUGAACCGAGGUACCAACAGCUAUCGAGCUUGCUACCUAUGCUUGGUCGUGUUGUCUCAGUUCGCGCCACCCUUGCUCGUAACAUUCAAACCCUCGACGCGAGCUGGAGAGCGUCUGGUGUAGGCGUCACGGAAGAUCUCGGUGUUCACAUGCUAGAUAUCCUGGUCUGGCUUUUUGGACCCCCCUCCACUCUGACUUCUCUCAAAGCCGAUGAUGUCCGCCCGUUCCAGACCUAUGCCGGCGAAGAUGUCGCUGAAAUCUCUUUGCGUUGGGAUCAACAAUCUAUCAUUGGAAGCGUGCAUCUUUCGCGUGUCGCACAUGUAGACUCCGAAUCUGUCGUCAUAACCGGGACGUCAGGCACUGCUGUAUUGGACGAUAAGAAGGUUUCGCUACUUGGUCCGGACGGAAUCACAAUGCUGUCGAUCCAGGAUGAAUCGUCCAAGCAAACCAUAGUCCGCAAGAUGGUUCGUGGCUUUGGUGACUACAUUACGGAUGCAUCAGCCGCAUACCCUUGUACUUUGGAAGCUCACUAUGAUACUGUGAUCACAUCUGACGCAGCAAAGAAAUCACAGAUAUCUGGAACAAGUGAGAUUGUCAAAGCAGCAUCGCGAGCUGAAGCCGACUUCGAAUGGCCAAUCAUUACCCCUAAGAUUGAAAAAGCCACCAUCGAACAAAUGCACUCGACUCUCUCUAUUUACAAUCGCUCUGGGAUCUACGAAGUGUUUGAAGACAGAUGGAAAGAUAUGCAUGGGUUGAAGCAUGCGUUGGUGUGCAGUUCAGGCACGAUUGCGAUUCUUCAUAUGUUCGAGGCUCUUUGUCUGCAGCCAGGUGACGAGAUACUGUGCCCUGUAUACACCUUCUUUGCCACGGCAACUCCGAUGCUGCAAUAUGGAGCCGUUCCAGUUUUCUGUGACUGUCUCGAGGACGGUAACAUAGACCCCAACGAGAUUUUGAAACGCCAAACACCCAAGACCAAAGCUGUCAUCGUCACCCAUAUGUGGGGUCUGCCGUGCCGAAUGAGUGAGAUCGUGGCCAACGCCAAAUCCGUGAAUGGCGGCAUCAAGGUCCUUGAAGACUGCUCGCACGCACACACUGCAAUGAUCGACGGGAAGAUGGUGGGUACUUGGGGAGACAUGGCAGCAUGGUCUCUUCAGGCCAAGAAGAACAUCACCGGAGGCCAGGCUGGUGUGUUUGCUACCAACUCGACCGAUUACUAUGCGCAUGCCGUGUCUCACGGCCAUUUCAACAAGCGUGCAAAGCAAGAGGUUCCCCAAGACCAUCCUCUCCGGAAGUUCUGGCUCACGGGUCUGGGCCUCAAUCUACGUGCUCACCCUCUUGCCAUCGCCAUGGCCAAUAUACAACUGGACACCCACCCACUAGCGCAGAAGUACCGGGAGAAGUACGCAAAGCAGCUCAUUUCUGGCCUGAGAGAAAUUCCUUUCUUGAAAAUGCCUGUCAUUGACGAUCAACGCAAGGUUAAACACGCGUGGUAUGCCUUCGUCAUGCAGUUUGAUGCUUCGCGCGCACCGACAGGCCUAACUCGAGAGAACUUCGUGCAGCACUUGAAUGAGAUCGCUGGGUUAUGUGAGGUCGAUAUUCCCAAUAGUACGGGUCUUUUGCAUGACCUUCCACUCUUCACCAAUACUGCAGAGGCGAUUCCGCGCUUUGGCACUCCUGGGCCGUGGAAGAAGUCACAGGAAACUAGGGAAUUUCCUAAUGCUCUGAACUUUUACAAUACUGCAAUCAAGUUGCCCGUGUGGACACAAGCCAGCGAUGAGAAGAUAGUGAAACGAUACAUUGCGGGCUUUAAUCAGGUUGCCCGGGAGGCCUUUGCAGCGGCCAAAGGCGCUGGCGGAAGCAGAAGCGACGUGGCUUAUGCUAACAAUGAUAGGGCUAUGGCCAGAUUGUAG